UACAAGUCACCAGAGCUUAAGAUUUUCAACAACGUAGAUCAAAUUAUCUUCACGAGCUUCUCCUCUCUAGAACCCAGCAAUCAUAUAUAAGUACUCUAGUUUACAAACCAUUGAGGGAAUUUUAAACAAAAAACAAGAAAGAAGAACAUUAUGGGCAACGAGGAUUUGAAGAAUCCGUUGCUACAUGGUGAAGAACCGGAUAUAGACGAAAUCAAGAAUUUUGGUCAAUUCUGUAAGGAAGCUAAGGUCGAGAACAGAAAGCUAUGGAGCUUAGCUGCGCCUGCCAUCUUUACUUACGUCGCUCAAUACUCACUUGGAGGAUUGACACAAGUGUUUGCCGGACAUCUUACUACGCUUGAACUCGAUGCUUUUUCUACUGAGAACAUGGUCAUUGCAGGACUCGCUUUCGGAAUUAUGCUAGGGAUGGGGAGUGCAUUAGAAACCUUAUGUGGUCAAGCAUUUGGAGCAGGAAAAUUACAUAUGUUAGGAGUGUAUAUGCAACGUUCAUGGAUCAUACUCAAUACAAUGUGUUUAUGUAUAUUACCGCUCUACAUUUGGGCAGAACCGAUCUUGAAAUUCUUUGGACAAAAUGACGAAAUUGCGGCCCUAGCUGGGAGGUUUUCGCUAUACAUGAUUCCUCAAUUGUUUGCGUAUGGCUUUAAUUUUCCAAUACAAAAAUUCUUACAAUCGCAAAGCAAAAUUAAGACCAUGGCUUGGGUAUCUGCAGUAGCAGUUGUUUUCCAUUUAGUCUUGUGCUGGUUACUUAUAGUGAAGUUACAUAUGGGGUUACCUGGUGCAGCUAUUGCUCUUAAUGUUUCUUGGUGGCUUGUGGUUUUGGGUCAGUUUGCUUACAUUUAUUUGGGUUAUUGUCCUGGUGCUUGGACUGGUUUUAGUAUGAGUGCGUUUUGUGAAUUGGGUGCAUUUGCAAGGCUUUCUAUUGCUUCAGCCAUCAUGAUGUGUCUAGAGAUGUGGUAUCUGAUGCUCCUCGUCGUGUUAGCAGGACAAUUGGAGAACCCUACACUUGCAGUAGCUGCCAUAUCCAUCUGCACCAACCUCAAUGGAUGGGAGCUUAUGAUUUUCUUAGGGUUCAAUGCUGCAAUCAGUGUGAGGAUCUCAAACGAACUUGGAGCAGGAAGACCAAGAGCUGCCAAAUUCGCCAUAUUAGUCGUUGUAAUAUCAGCAUUAGCUAUUGGGAUAUCCUUCUUUGCUUUAGUUUUGGGUCUGAGAAAUGUAUAUGCUCUACCAUUUACAAGCAGUCCUGAAGUUGCUAGUGCUGUCUCUCAUCUUGCCUUCAUCUUAGCUUUGACCUUGUUAUUUAACAGUGUUCAACCAGUCUUAACAGGUGUGGCUAUUGGAGCUGGUUGGCAAUGGUUGGUAGCUUAUGUUAAUCUUGGAUGUUAUUACAUUGUUGGUCUUCCUCUAGGAUUUUUACUUGGAAAAUAUUUCAAUUUGGGAGUUCAGGGAAUAUGGACUGGAAUGGUCAGUGGAGUGGGUUUGCAAACUCUAAUACUACUAAUCAUCACUCUGAAAACAAAUUGGAGCAAAGAGGUUUCCCUAGCUGAUUCGAGAAUCAAACAAUGGGGUGGAUCCGGAGAUGACCCUGAGGAAGUUACUAGAAGUACUGAAAAAUCUCCCCACAGCGACUUAGGUUUCGCGCAUGUACUUGUUAAUGCUCUCAUUCGAAACAUAAAAGCUCGGCUGCACAGGCAACAAGCAUCUUCAGCACCUCGAGCAAGAAAACCAACAACCAUAAGUUUGCUACAAGAGUUGAUUACAGGGCAACAAAGACUUGAGAGAAGAGUUGAUUGUAUCCAGGAACAAUUAAUGUUCUCAGUUUCACAAUAUUCGGAGCUUGCUGGAGGGUUGGCUGAGAUUUCCACCAAAUGGGCAGAUUCAGAAGACUCUGAUGAUUCACAAGAAGAAGAAGAUGAUGAUGCUUAAAUCCUUCUUUGAAAUACGUUUUUCUACUUAAACAACUUUGGUUAUGUUUUAAGUUGUUGUUUAUUUUCAUAUGCUUGGUUCGUUGAACUGUUGAACUCCUUAUAUGUUUUAAUUGGAUGUUUGAGUUUUUAUGCAUAAUAUUAAUUGUUUUGAUUAGCUUG